UGUGUGUGUGUGUAUAUAUAUGGACAUGUUUUCUUUGCAUGAGUGCAUUUCCUCUCUUUGUCUGCACAGACGUGUCCUGAUCCAUUUCCUCCUCACCUAAAGUUGCAAGAAUGUUCCCCUGCCAGGCAGCGCCGGGCCAGUUUGGACCAGAAACACGGGAGCCGGGGCUGAAGGUGUGGCGGGUGGAGAAGAUGAAGGCGGUGCUGCUGGAGCCGGCUGAGGUGGGGGCUUUCUUCAACGGAGACUCUUACCUGGUGUUGGAGCACAGGGGGGACCAGGGGGCAGACCUGCACAUGUGGAUAGGUGAGAAGUCAUCUCGUGACGAGCAGGUGGCGUGUGCCAUGCUGGCUACCCAGCUGGACAACUUCCUGGGUGGUGACCCCAUCCAGCAUCGCCAGAUCCAGGGCUACGAGGCCCCAGAGUUCAUGAACCUCUUCCCCAGAGGGGUCAGCUACAAGGACGGUGGUGUGGAGUCGGGUUUCAGGCGACCCCAGGGUGGGUCAGGGCCGGUCCACAGGCUGUACCAGAUCAAAGGGAAGCGCAACAUCCGUGCCAAGGAGGUGGAGCUGAGCUGGGAGAGCUUCAACAAGGGAGACUGCUUCAUCCUGGACCUGGGAGAGACCAUAUUUUCGUGGAUCGGCUCGCAGGCCAACAUGUUUGAGAAGCAGAAGUCGCGUGAGAUUGCUAGCCUGAUCCGCGACACUGAGAGACAUGGUAAAGCACGCAUCACUGACAUCAGUGAGGGAGAGGAGCCGCCAGAGAUGCUCAAGGUGCUGGGACCAAUGCUAGAGCUGGCAGAGAGCACUCCAGAAGAGGACAGUCAAGCAGACGUCUCCAACUCCGCCUCCCUCUACAAGGUGUCCGAUGCGACAGGUAAGAUGAAGCUGACCAAUGUCUCUGAAAAAAGCCCAUUUGCCAAGGACCUUCUGGUGCGUGACGACUGCUUUAUUCUAGACAACGGGGCCAAUGGAAAGAUCUUCGUCUGGAAAGGUAUGGGAGCCAAUGCAGAAGAGAAAAGGGAGGCCUUGAAAAUGGCAGAUGACUUCAUCCAACAGAUGAACUACCCCAGGAUGAAAACACAGGUGGAGAUUCUACCACAGGGGAGGGAGACGAUCAUCUUCAAGCAGUUCUUCAAGAACUGGAACUAAACUACAAGGGUUUUCAGAAAGGGGUCUCAAUUAACUGUUGCACUCCUAAAAUAUAACGAAAUAACAACCUGGAAUAUAAAAGGUCUCAAUCAAUGUUUAAAAGUCUUCUCAUAAGGAGUGAAAACAUCUCAAAUUCAAGAACAUAUUGUUGUUUUUUUAUAUGUGUUUACUUAUGUGUAUAUAUUUUUAAGGUACUGUACUCACAGACAACUGUUAAGUCAUGCAUAGGUCAAAUUAUCUCAAAAUAAUGAGAGCAUAUAUAAUGAUGUCACACCAAAUGGAUCCCUAAGUCACUACUACUGGUUCUGACUGGGAAGGAAAACAUGUGCUCACUGGCUUUACUGGGCUCUGUUAGUGGUCUUAUUUAAAGCCAAGAUGAUUUUCCACAAAGCCUAUAAAGUGAAUUUGUUUGCUUUGUCUUUUUUUGUUGUUUUUUGUUGUUGUUUUUUACAUUUGUUUAUGAAUUACAGGGACAUAUUCAAAUAAUACCUUUAGUAGGCUACAGUUUAUGAAAAUAAAUGGAAACUGAAAGAACCCGUACAGAGGGUGGCUUCGUCAACUCUCACUAUGACAUGCUGCAUUCCAAAUGGCACCCUAUUCCCUAUAUAGUGCACUACUUUUGACCAGGGUCCAUAAGGUCAAAAGUAGUGCACUAUAUAGGGAAUAGGUGUCACGUUCUGACCUUUAUUUCCUUUGUUUUGUCUUUAUUUAGUAUGGUCAGGACGUGAGUUGGGUGGGCAGUCUAUGUUUGUUUUUCUAUGAUUUGGGUAUUUCUAUGUUUUGGCCUAGUAUGGUUCUCAAUCAGAGGCAGGUGUCAUUAGUUGUCUCUGAGAAUCAUACUUAGGUAGCCUGGGUUUCACUGUGUGUUUGUGGGUGAUUGUUCCUGUCUCUGCACCAGAUAGGACUGGUUUUUUUCCCCCUACACAUUUCUUGUUUUUGUAGUCAGUUGUUCAUGUGUACAUUUACGUAUUAAAAAGAACCAUGGACACUUA